UCGUUUCCAGGCAACACUGGCCCCGCCCCGCGAUGGCGCCUGAGGACCACGAGGGGGCCACGUCUCUGCUGCAGAGUUUCGAGCGCCGCUUCCUGGCGGCUCGCGCGCUUCCCUCCUUUCCCUGGCAGAGCCUAGAAGAGAAAUUAAGGGAGCCCUCGGGUUCUGAGCUGCUGCUGGCUAUUCUGCAGAAGACUGUGAAGCACCCUGUGUGUGUACAGCACCUGCCGUCUGUGAAGUACGCCCGCUGCUUUCUCUCAAAGCUCAUCAAAAAGCAUGAAGCUGUGCCCACAGAGCCUUUGGAUGCACUGUAUGAGGCACUGGCAGAGGUCCUGAUGGCCAAAGAGUCCGCCCAGUGCCACCGGAGCUAUUUGCUGCCUUCAGGAGGCUCAGUCACACUCUCUGAGAGCACAGCCAUCGUGUCCAAUGGCACCACAGGCUUGGUUACGUGGGAUGCUGCUCUCUACCUGGCAGAGUGGGCCAUCAAGAACCCAGCAGCCUUCACUGACAGGACUGUCCUGGAGCUCGGCAGUGGAGCUGGCCUCACAGGCCUGGCCAUCUGCAAGGCGUGCCACCCCAGAGCAUUCAUCUUCAGCGACUGUCACGGCCAAGUGCUUGAGCAGCUCCGUGGAAACGUGCUCCUCAACGGCUUCUCCUUAGAGCUGUACACCCCCACUGACCCAAGCAACCCAAAGGUGACAGUGGCUGAGCUGGACUGGGACGAGGUGACAGCCGCUCAGCUCUCUGCCUUCCAGGCAGAUGUUGUCAUUGCAGCAGAUGUGCUAUACUGCGGGGAAGUGACACUGUCGUUGGUCAGGGUCCUGAAGAUGCUCAGCGCCUGCCAGAGGAAGAAUGCUCCUGUUGUCUACGUGGCCUAUACCAUCCGCAGCCAAGACACGGGCAAGCUGUUCAUCACAGAGCUGGACCGCGCAGGGAUCUACUGGGAAGAGGUGCCUCCUCAUGCCGGCCAACUGUUCCCUUAUGAAGAGCACUCGGCCAUCGUAAUCCUGAAGCUCGUGCUGAAUGGUCGCCACAGUGUUAGAAGGUGAUUGGAAAAAUGAGAUCGCUGUCAUGGGAAGAGUCCACGAGAAAGGUGAAAAGGCUUUUGUUGGGCAGGAAUGUUAAAUAACAAACCACAAAUGUACAGUAAGCACAGGCUUUGAGUGCUGGUGCCUGUCCUCAGCAGCUCAUCUGGAAUGGACACAGGCUUGGAGCAAGCAUUUCCUUUGCACCAAUAAAAACAUGAAUUUAUCAA